AUGAAUCAAAUGUUCAACUGGACUGCAGCGGUAGCGGAAGCGGAAGUGGAAGAGGAGGAGGAGGACGAGGAGCAGCUGCAACUCCAUAAUGCAACAGACGUGAAGUCAGCUGCAUUGGCAGCAACAACAACAAAUCAGAAUGCCUCAAGCCGCUGCCUGGGACAAUUGCUGAAGCUGUUGCUCUCCUCGCCGGGACUCGUAGUUCUAGUCGCUGGUUACUCGGUACUUGGUGCCCUGAUAUUUCCCCUCUUGGAGGCCCCAGAGGAUCUGAGCAAAUCGGCAGCUAUUGCCAAGAGUCGGGAGGAUUGCCUGCGUGAACUCUGGAUCAUAACGGAGAAACUAAACGUUCUGUAUGAGCGCAAUUGGACGAUGCUGGUGCACGAGCAGCUUCGUCGCUUCGAGGGCUCCAUUGUGGCAGCAACGCGUCCAGGUGGUGGUGGCGGUGGCGCUGUCGGUGGUGCAACAUCAUCCCAACUUGCCAGUGGCAGUGCCAGUGCUCUUGGCCAUUUCGGCUACGACACUUUAACCGGCGACACACACAGCUGGACAUUCAGCGAGGCUCUUCUCUAUUCGGUGACUGUGAUAACGACCAUCGGCCAUGGCAGCUUGACACCACGCACAGCAGCUGGUAAGCUGGCAACAAUAUUCUACGCACUCAUCGGGGUUCCCCUGAUGCUGAUGUGCCUGUCCAGCCUCGGAGCUCUACUCGCCGAUGCGCUGCAGUGCACCUACAUACGGCUCUGCUGUCAACUGCAGCGUACAUCGGGAGAGAGUGAAAAGAAGGCAACUGGAGUGAUGUCAUCAAAGCGACGUCAUCCACCAAGCAAUGGGGCCAGUUGUAAGAGCUGCAAAUAUGAUGUGGCCAACAGCGAAACCAGCCUGAAUGAGUGCUAUGAAUAUGGCCAAAAGACAACGUCAAUGGCGACAAGAACAGGCAUGAAACGCAAGCUGUCAUUGGAACAAGCUGAAGUCAGCAUUACAAUUGGCAAGUCGUUAAUCAAGUUUCGCAUGUCCAUUUUGGUUUUCUUUCCAUUGUCCUGCGGUCAGCAGAUGCCUAUGCUAAUGACAACAACAACGACUGGCAAUACAUUGCUGAAAUAUGCACCGUUGCCACAACAACAUCAACAUCAUUCACAGCAACAACACCAACAUCAGCAGCAGCAGCAGAAGCAGCAGCAGUCUUUGCAUUACAUAAACGCAUCGCAGCAGCAGCAACAGCAAUUAUCGACAGCAACAUUGCCGCGACAACAGCAGCCACAGAAUUUUGUCGCCGUACCAAGCAGCAUGCUACGUUUCAGUGGACCAUCCACCUUGCCACUGAAUGCUGCAGCUGGUCCCCCAAAUUGCUAUGCGCCAGCAACUGCCACGAUUUACUUUCCAUUUGCGCCAGCAACAUCCAGUCCAGCACACGGUGGCGCCACCAACUGCCACCAGCCGUUGGUCAAGUAUCAUACGAUACACUUGCAACCCGCUGCCAAACAUCAGCAUCGACUGCUUGCCACACUCGAUGCAGCUGCAACUGCAACCGCUGCAAGCGCUCAAAGCGCCGACCUGGCGGCAACAACAUCCACACUGGAGUCCAUCACUUUGCCACCACCUCCGGCAUAUCAAACAGCCAAUAUGCAUGCUGUGAGGCGAGCGAAAUUCGUGACGCAGCCGCUGGCCCACGAAAUCAAUACGCUGCUCAAUGUGGGUGGAGCAACGGCAACAGGGUCGAGUGAUUUAUCCUGCAGGCAUGAUUUAUUGCCGCCUGCAUUAUCAACAGCAACAACGGCAGCAACAGGCACAACAGCAACAACAAACAACAUGCAACUGUCAGCAGGCAUUAAAGCAACAGCAACAAUGCCCGAUAACAGUUUUAUAGCCGCAGGUGUCUGUGACGUUGGCAUUGGUGCAACAGCAACAUCAGCAGCAGCAGCAGCAGCCGGCGCAACAACAACAACAACAGCAACAGCAGCAGCAACAUUGUCGGCGUUGCUCAGCUCGAGUGGCAAUGUCGACAUCAUGGAGGAUGAGGACGAGCAGGAGCGCGAACGUUCAAGCAACUGUCCACACGGCACGCCCUCGCGUGUGCCAUUGAUAGCCAGCUCCGGCUGCAGUCCCUUGAGUCUGCCCCAUGAGCUGCCUAUGUCCGAGAAGCCGAGCUCUGGAAAUCAGGCACGCGGUCUGCUUAAUGCGACGGCUGCCUCAUUUCAUCGCCACACGCUGCAGCCGCUGAACCGCAAGACGUUGCUGCUGACGCGUCGCUGCCAGAAGCAUGCAACAUCGCUCUACGAUGCCACGGCCACCAACACGGAGACCUCCGACGACGAGGAGUACAUGCAACACGGCAGCGAGCAGUUUGUGCUCAAGAAGCUGAAGCACAGCAGGAACAGCAGCCGUAGCAGCACUCGGGGAUCACAGGAUUGCCUGGAUCAUGAGCUGGAGGAUGAGGACGAGGAUGAUGAUGAGCUGCAGCGACAGGUGCCCAUCAGCCUGGUGCUGCUCAUACUCAUGUGCUACAUCUGUGUGGGCACCGUCAUCUUUGCCCUCUGGGAGAAUUGGUCUCUGGUCGAUGGCGCCUACUUUUGUUUUGUCACUCUGUCGACCAUUGGCUAUGGUGACUUUGUCGCAGUAACGCUGUGA